UUUUCAAGAUUACAUAGUUAAACAUGAUAAAUGUACUUAGUUUUUUUGUAGAAACAUGUGGAAAGAAAUUUCUGAUAUAUACAAAUAAAUAUUGAUUCUGUUAAAAAAAAAAUUGGAGUGUCUUAUUUUGAUCUAAGAACUCUAGACUUUUGUUGGAGGGAGGGCAAAGAGGAAGGGUUAGGACUAAGGGAUAAAUGACUGGGAACAAGCAGAUUCAAUUUCUCUUAUGAAGACCUAUUAAGUAAAUCCUGUGUCCCAGGCAGUAAACGGGUGACCUUUGAAGCAAUGUUAGCUAUUCCACUACGGAACUCAUCCAAGCCUAGACUGAAGUUUCAUGUUACAGGUUAUCUGCUUUAAAAUAGAAGUCAACCAGAAUGUUUCAGUGAGUUUUAAAACUGCCAUGCUAUUGGUAGGAAUAUAAUAGUAUUAGAGCCAAGACUUUGCUGCAGUUUCUGCCAAAGUCUGUGUCAGAUUGAAGACACAUGCUUCUUCUGCAGACUUUCAUGAAGGCUGUGAAAAAAGUUUUAUUACCAAGUUGGAUUGCUGCACCAGGCAACUUACAAUAUUGUCUGUUAGAAUACAUUUUUUAGAAGAAACGUGGACAUGCCUGAUUUUAAAAUCUUCUGGACAUGAAAUGGAUUGGGGAGGGCUUUGCAUUUUCAGGUGGGAAGAUUUUUUAACUUCAGAAAAUUCACAGUUAAUUUUGAGAGUGUAAGAACUUUAAUUUUUUUUCUCUUCCAAUUCCCUCUCUCCAAGAUCACUUCAUCCAGAUACUUUAAGUUGGAUUUGUUUACCACUGGGUGUGUGCUUUUUGAAUUGGAAAAUUUGAGAGUUUAGAGAAAAUGUUUUGAAAACUUUAUUUUUGCAAGAAAAAUGCAUUUUGAAACAGUUACCCCUAGCUGUGAGAUACCAACUGUUUAAUAAUCUGUGGACAUUUAAAAAAAAAAUCAGAAUGAACACACAGUGGGCAAUUGUGAAUAUUUUCAUAGUCUCCUAUCUGCAUCUCCUGAGGGGAUCUAAUUAUCAGCAUGGACCUAUGAAGCAGGCUGCAAUAUUAGAGCGGAUGGAACAGCAAAUCCGGGCUGCAUCUAGCUUGGAGGAACUCCUCAAAAUCACUCAUUCUGAAGACUGGAAGCUGUGGAAAUGUCGACUGAAGAUCAAAAGCUUAGCUAAUAUGGAUUCCCGCUCAGCAUCACAUCGUUCCACUAGAUUCGCGGCAACAUUUUAUGACAUUGAAACACUUAAAGUCAUAGAUGAAGAAUGGCAGAGAACUCAAUGUACUCCAAGAGAAACCUGUGUGGAAGUGGCCAAAGAGCUGGGGAAAAGCACGAACACUUUCUUUAAGCCCCCCUGUGUGAAUGUAUUCCGGUGUGGAGGUUGCUGCAAUGAAGAGAGUCUCCUUUGUAUAAACACGAGCACAUCAUAUGUUUCAAAACAGCUUUUUGAGAUAACAGUGCCUUUAACAACAGUACCAGAAUUAGUGCCAGUUAAGGUUGCUAACCAUACUGGAUGUAAGUGCUUAUCAACCACUGAACACCAUCCAUAUUCCAUCAUAAGAAGAUCCAUCCAAAUCCCUGAGGAGGUUCGUUGUCCCAACACCAAGAAAGUUUGUCUGGGUGAAUUGACAUGGGAUAGCAAUAAAUGUAAGUGUGUCACACAGGAAGAGAGUCCUCUCAAUGGGAUGGAAGAGCACUCCCAUCUUCAGGAACUGGCUAUUUGUGGGCCUCAUAGAAAGUUUGAUGAGGACCACUGUGAAUGUGUCUGUAAAAUGCCUUGUCCUGAUGAUCUCAUUCAGAACCCAGAAAACUGUAGUUGCUUUGAAUGCCGAGAAAGUUUAGAGAGUUGUUGUCAGAAGCAAAAAAUAUUCCAUCCAGACACCUGCAGCUGUGAAGACAGAUGCCCUUUUCACAUUAGGACAUGUGCAAAUGGAAAAUCAAUGUGCACAAGGAACUGUCGCUUUUUUUUGAGGGACAAAAAAGGCCCCCAUGGGCUCCUUGGCAGAGAAAAUCCUUGAUACAAUGUUUAUCCUUCUCCAAACUCCUACCUUUUGGGGUUUUUGUAAACAGCAUGCUGCUUUGUCAAGUUGCUGUCACUUUCCAAGCAUUAGUAAAAAUGAGUUAACAUCUCUUCACUUAGCAAGAGUAAAACAAGCUCACAUUUAUUUAUACCAUUAAAUAAGCUGCCAGAAUGGUUUCAUUGGGGCAUUAAUACUUGUCCAGUGCCACAGGAUGCUUAUGGGGUGAAGGACUGGAGAAGGAGCCUACUUGGAGCUUUUCUAAUUAGAAACAAAAUGGAUAAUUUGCAAUGGAGUGUUGGUUACUAUGCAACUGUUAAGGAAAAUGGACUAAAUCUUUGCUAACUACAACUCUUGUGGAAUAUUUCAAUUUUUAGAAUUUGAUUUGAAAUAUGUUCAACACUGACUUUUUGAUCUAUUGUCUAACUUUUGAUUAUUAAAUUUGUAAAACUACUACUGCCUGAUGUAUCAUAUUUAAAUAUAUUUAAGUAAAUAAAAUUAUCAGUUAUUCGAUCCACACACUCUCAUUUGUUAUAGCAGUUUUCCCAGUUCUAAAAUAAGUCAACAAAACUGGAUUUGAUGUUCUUAAUCUUUCCCAUGUCAUGGACCCCUUUUGGCAACCUAGUGAAGCCUAUAGACUCCUUUUCAGAAUGUUUUUUAUAUGCAUAAAAAUAGGAU